AAAAUAAAUCCGUCUCCUUCCUUGGAUCUCUCUCUUUCUCCCAAGGUUAACGAGUACAAAUGAAAUACGUUUGAUGUGGAAAAACAGUUUUCUUAUCGACGAGUGGCUCUAAUUGGCAAUUGCUACUGCAACGCGGCGGGAAAAGUCUUCUCUUACUUUUCCACGAUGGUAACAUUUGGAAUAAUCCAUCAAGACCGCAACGUUCCUGUACACUUUUCAAACAUCUAGUACUUCAACAUUUCCAGUAAAAUGAAAAAGUAAUUUUCAUUGUCUUGACCAUUUAUGAGAGUUAUGGCCCUUUGGCUUUUAAGGUUUCCAUCUAUAAAUAAAGGGGAAUACAAGCUUUCCUCUCUGCACAACGAACACUUAGACUUCAUUGAGGAAAAAAAAAAUGGCUGAGGGGGCGAGAGCUGCGGUAAUGAUCAUGAUGAUGGCAAUGGCUGCAGCAACCCUUGUAUCGGUUGCAUCUGCCAUUCAAGGAACUGCUACGUUCUAUACUCCUCCAUAUGUCCCUUCUUCAUGCAAUGGAUUUCAAAACGAUGGAGUUAUGAUCGCGGCAGCGAGUGAUGCUAUAUGGAACAACAGGGCAGCAUGCAAUAAAAGGUACAGUGUGAGGUGCACCGGAGCCACCAACCUUGGCGUGCCACAGCCUUGCCGGGGUGGCUCCAUUGUCGUAACAGUUGUGGAUUACUGUCCUCCAGGGUGCCAGGGAACCAUUGACCUUUCUCAAGAGGCUUUUGCCAUGAUUGCUGACCCUAAUGCAGGCAAAAUCCAAAUCGAGUACAAUGAGUAAGUGGGAGAAAUUUAGUUAAAAUUUCUUA